AUGAAGUUCUCUCUCGCUGCCGUUGCUGGUUUCGCCAGCGCCGCUCUCGCUGCCAGCCUCCCCGAGGCUUUCACUCUUGUCGCCGAUGGCGGUGAAACCGUCGUCACUGAUGGCCAGAACCUCUUCGUCGGCAGCGACGCCAACGCCAACGAAGUUCUCGUCCUCCGCGGCAACGCCGAGAACACCAUGUUGUCCUUCACUUCCAAGAACUCCACCCCAACCGGCUUCCAGAACCUCUGGGUUGUCGAGAACGACGUCCUCCCCGUUGGUCUGACCCUGCCCCACUCCGCUGCCUACCCCGAGGGAGCCAGUGAGACUGGAUUCGGCGUCAACGACGACGGCCUGCUCACCCACAACGGCGAGGCUUACUUUGCCGUCGACGGAUACGCCAGCGGUGACAAGCCUCUCAAGGUUUACUGGUAUGGUCGUCACAGCUCGACCUACAAGGGUCUGAGCCUUACCGUCAAGGAGUGCAAGGACUGCUAA